AUGGACACCGACCAGCAGGGAAAUGUUGAGGCAGCAUUCCGUCUCCCAAACGAGUUGAUUGCUAUAGUUUUCGAUGAACUUGAUAUAGUAUCUCUUUUGAGAUGCAAGCAAGUAUGCCAAUUGUUUCGUUCAGUUGUCACCACCAACGCGCAACUUCUCUACAAAAUCGAGUUGUUUUUUGGACGGUUCGAGAAUGGACGCCACUGUAGUCUUGAUACUGCUGGUCGCCUUCGUGCUUGUCGACAGUACCAACAGGCUUGGAACAACUUAGCUUUCCCAAACUCCCAAUUCAUAAAUAUGAUGGACGGUCAUGCUUGGGAACUGUCCGGCGGAGUAUUGUGUCAGGCUAUGCGGUCACGAUCAGGGCUUGCUUGCGUACAACUUCCCUGCAAACUUAAAGGCAUUCCCGAGCGGGAAUGGAUUGUCAAUGAUUUUGGAUUCGAGAUCAGAGAUUUCACCAUCGAUACAUCUCAGAACUUGAUCGUCGCUUUGGAAAUUGUAGGUGCCAACCCGAACCGGACAUGCCAUGUACACCUAAGAUCCUUAAUGACCGGCGAACAUCAUCCAAUGGCUGCCGUGCCCUUCGUCAUGCAGCUGCUAUCAGACAUGAAUGAGGAGCUCAAAUUCCACAUUCAAGUUUGUGGUUCCCGCAUCGCAAUACUGUGUCACGAACAUGCAGAUGAUCUCAAUUCUCAGCUAGCUAUCUGGGACUGGAAACUGGGUCAGCAGAAGCUCUUCAUUCGAGACACAGACAUUCGAUCUUUUUCUUUCGUCACAGAAGACUUACUUUUGGUUGGCGUCGCCGCCAUGGAGGGUGACGAAACGCCCCGUCUGGACAUCCUUAGUAUCGACUGCUUCAGUGCAGAGAGUGAGGAAUAUAAGGAUGUCAACUACAUUUGCGCCUGCAGAUGGUCUCCACCUCAAACUGUUCAGACUCCCUUUUUCUCCGCUCGCAGUGACCGCAUCUUUACCAUCACCAUGCGGGUCUCCCCCGCAAACAAUUCAAGCGAAGAGAGUACUUACACAAAACGCAUCGUCCCAUGGACGCAGUGGGGCCCGAAUGGCACUUAUAUGCUCCUUCGUAGCCCGUCCGAAGUCUGGGUUUGCUAUGUCUAUGGCAUGAAGUUCAUCCAACUUCUGCCAUGGAGAAAAGGAAAUUCUGCAAGAGUGUAUGAUUUCAACAAGUACGCAGCGAGGAGGGAUGUUCGAAGUGAACAAACAACGGAACCAAAACUUUUGUGGAAGCGCUUAGGAAUGCCCCAGUCACUGAAUUCGCGGUGUUCAGCAUUUGACGAAGAAGUCAACACGUAUCUUCCUGGCCGUGUUGCGUGUGUUGAAGUGAUGCCGAGUGAUUCCCCUUAUGACUGGGAGGCGGCUAUGAUUGGCGAGGACAACAUUAUCCUAGUUUCUUCUAGUGCAAGAAAGUACGGCUAUAUCGCCAUGUGA